AUGCAGAGGUCAACUAAACUCACUGAUGAACAAGAGUUUUCAAUCAUGGUUAAUGCUUUAACCAAUGUGAUUACAGGUACUACUACCCAUACUUCUCCUGUCAUGGAUGUCAGUGCCAGUGCCGCAAUUUCAUUACCUUGUACGAGCAUGUCCUAUUCUAUUGAGCCGCCUCUGUUUCAUGUACCAGCAGAACAAGAGCGUUGUCAAUUCUGCAAAAUAAAUGGUUGUUUAGGUUGCAAUUAUUUUGCAACCUCAUCAGCUGGUAACAACAACAAGGCUUUAAAGAUUGUUGCGAAGAAGAAAAAGAAGAAUUACAGAGGAGUGAGACAGAGACCAUGGGGAAAAUGGGCUGCGGAAAUUAGAGAUCCAAGAAGGGCAGCCAGAGUAUGGCUUGGAACAUUUACUACAGCAGAGGAUGCAGCUAGAGCUUAUGACAGAGCAGCUAUUGAAUUUAGAGGUCCAAGAGCUAAGCUUAAUUUCUCAUUUUCAGAUUACACAUCAAUUCAACAACACAGUAAUAAUACUACUACUACACCCCUGCAAGUGCAACAACAAUCACCGCCCUCGCAGUUACAACAGGGAAUGAACACAGAAGAAGAACAGUUCUGGGAUGAAUUGAUGAAUUCAGACAAUGAAAUUCAACAUUACUUUAAUAGAGAAUCAUCUGAUUCUGCUAAUGCCUAUAUUGCUCAUAGCUUCUGAUCAUUUCCU